UCCUCUAUAAAUUAAUUCUAAUUGGAGAAAAGACCAGAGUCCAAAUUCUAAUAAAGUUAACAAGAAAAUAGUGAGCCCAGGUGAUUAAUCCAAUAAGUGUCUUUGGUAAUGAAAGACAGAUAUCAUGACCCCUGAAGGGAAUGAUUCGUUCAACACUAAUGAUUUUUGACACAGAAACAACAACGAUUGAACAAUCAUAUAAUACAAUGUCCUGCUAUAGAUUGAGAUACUGCAAAUAAAUCAAGAUCCUCUCUAUGAAUAGCUCUCGUGUUCACUUAAUUUUGUUUUUAUCUUUUAGUUUAAACUAUGGUGUGCACUUUAUUUACCUAAUGAUCUGCGAUCUGCUAAAUAUACUGUACAGUACUGGAUCACUUUUAGGGUAUCUUUUACAAAGGCAUCGUUACUAAAAUAAUUUUUUUUCUACUUUUGUGUUACUGAUUAUUUUUUCUGUUUGACUCAAUGUGCUGUUAUUUUACUGCUAUAUUUUUUCACUAAAAUAUUAUCUUACACAGUAAUAUCAAAGUAUUCUUAUCCACUCAGAUAUCAUGAUCUCCCAGAGAACACCCAUAUUAAUUUUUUUUCUCACUGUUUUGUCUAAUUCAGCCUAAGAGGUUUGACAUGGUAAAGAUCAUGUGAAGCCUGUUUGUUUUAUUAAUUUAAGUACAAUCUAAUACUGAAUGUUUCCUGUCAUUUUCACAUUGUUAAAGUCUUCAAAUAUUUUACCAUACUUGGAAUAUUGCACGAUGGAGAAUGCAAUGAUAUUGCAUGAUAUUUUAUUUAACAAAUAUUUUUAAAUGUGAUGUUUCUGUGACUCUCUUGAGCAACCUUUUUGUGUUAAGAGUUCAUUUUCGUCAUUUUUAGUUGAAACUUACCAUUUCUACCAUUAACCAUUAGCUGAUUAGAUAACGAUUAGCCUCAAACAAAAUGAUGAAAGUCCUUAAAUUUGAUUCCUUUUUUAGCUCCUCUAUGUCUUUUUUAUUUAGAUUUACCAGGGUUUAAUUUUGACAUCCCGUACUUGUAAGCAUGAAUAGACGCAAUUAUGUAUAGCUACAGUAUUUAUUUUAUUUUGUAUUACUGUAUGUUCUUCUCUGUUAAAAUAAUUUUAAUUGUUUUUACUGCUGAUUUCCUGGAGAUAAUAACGUGAUUGAAAUACGAAGUGAAACUGAAAAUGACGAAAAUUGGAUUCCUUGGAAGUGUUUAUUACUUUCUUUGCUCAGUCUGGUACUGCAGAUUAUGUUACAUUACACAGAAUACCCAAACAAUAGACAACAUGAAAAGAGUCACUCCGGACCAAUUAAAGUUUUCUUCCAAAAACAUUAGCAGUGAAUUGUGAUAUACCGAUUUAUUUAAACACAAACACAAUUUAGGAUUUCAAAUAGCUACUAAAUGUCGUACGUGGGUCGUGCUAUUUAGUUAUGUCCGAAAUGAACACUUAGUUAUCUUAAUACCAUGCGCUGUUGUAUUAUCUCUGCUCCGUUUAAGCUGUUUUGAUUGCAUUGUCAAAUAUGGUCAUCUCAAUCCUCCACAUGUCAAUAAGAUCCGAAAAUAAUCGCCAACAACACAGCUGAGCCCUGCUCUUUUUCCAUCUGUUCUCAUUCUGCAAGAGCCUCUGUUCAACUCUGAUUUAGAACCAGCCGGCGGCGUGCUCAAAUAAUGACUCGGUUUAGUUACUCGAAGUAUUUCUCUCUCUUUCGUUCUAGCAACUCGAGUUGCAAUCCCUCAGAAUCUGAGAGGGGUAUUGCAACCCAAAGCUAUACUUUUGUCACUGGCAACGGAAAGCGAUGCAUCGCCUGGCGAAGAUACGAUGGGAGUCUAGUUGUCACCCCUCAAGUCGAAGAGCCAGACCCUGUUAUCACAGCAAUCAAAAAUGGAUCAGCGGACACACUGAAAUCAAUGAUAAAAUCUGGAAAAAACCUGGCUGGACCCAAUAAGGAUGGCUGGAUGCCACUGCAUGAUGCAGCAUUCUAUGGCCAGUUGGAAUGCAUAAAAGUUUUGCUGAAAGCUUAUCCAGGCAUAAUUGACCAGCGCACACUGGCAGAACAGACGGCCCUCUUACUGGCAGCAUCAAGGGAACAUUUGGAGUCUGUCCAGUUCCUGCUUGAAAAUGGAGCAGAGACGGACAUUGCCAACAAGUCUAGAGAUACUCCUCUUUACAAAGCUUGUGAGCGGCAGAACGUGGAUAUCGUAAAUCUGUUGCUCAAGUUUGGUGCCAGUGUUAACCACCGGUGUAACCAGGGCUGGACUGUCCUGCAUGAGGCUGUGUGCAGAAACAACCUGGCCAUCAUUGACCUCCUGGUACAGGCCGGCGCCAACAUCGAGUCCACCAACAUAUACGGCAUCACCCCGCUCUUCGUGGCAGCACAAAGUGGGCAGGUGGCAGCGGUGCGCUACCUGAUCAAUAUUGGUGCUGAUGUCAACACGCAGGCCAGUGACAAGGCCACAGCUUUGUAUGAGGCAAGUAAGAAUGGACACACGGAAGUGGUGGAGCUUCUGCUCUCUUACAAUGCGGACGCUAACAAGCCUUCGAAGGAUGGUUUGCUCCCUCUUCACAUUGCUUCUCAGCGUGGACAUGAUGGAAAAAAGCUGAUUGCCUUUGAACCCUUCCCCUACAAUAAUGAACAAGCAGUUAAGAUCAUCUCCCUGCUAAUUCCCGUCACCAGCAAGUGCCGGAUCAAACGCAGUGGCAUCAGCCCUCUCCACUUGGCCGCAGAGCGAAACCACGAUGAGGUCCUGGAGUUACUAAUAGAGUCUGGAUUUGAUGUCAACACUACCCUGUCCAACGACCGCUCUCGGCUGUAUGAAGACCGCCGCAGUACUCCCCUCUAUUUUGCAGUCAGCAACAACAACAUCAAUGCUACCCAGAUGCUGUUGGAAGCUGGUGCCAACCCCAACAUUGACAUCCUCAAUCCCCUGCUGGUGGCCAUCCGUCAGGGCUGCAUCACGACCAUUAAGCUCCUUCUGCAACAUGGAGCCAACAUUGACGCCUAUAUCCCCACCCACCCAACUAGCUUUCCAGCUACCAUAAUGUUCUGCAUGAAGUACCUCACGCUACUCAAAUUCCUGCUGGACCGUGGCUGUGAUGCAGAGGCGUGCUUCAAAUGUGAGUUUGGAAGUGACCCUCAUCCAGAUCUCCCAACAACCCCUCGAGAUGACUUUCGACUCCCUCAUGUGCCUCCAAGGAUGGUGCAGUUCUGUGAGAUGAUCUCUAUACCAUCAAUAUGCCGUUGGGCAGGACCCAUCAUUGAUGUCCUUCUCGAUUACGUGGGCCAUGUGAAACUGUGCUCCAAGCUUCUUGAGCAUCUGGACAGCUAUGAAGACUGGGCAGUCAUCAAAGAGAAGUCCAAGCCUCCUCGGCCCCUUAUGCAUCUCUGUAGACUCAAGAUCCGUGAACUAAUAGGAAAAGAGCGUUUGAAAUACCUGAACACCCUGCAAGCUCCUGCCAGAAUCAUCCGAUACCUGGAUCAUGACUACUCCACAUCAGAAUAGUGAUUCCAUUAUUUGUUUGCCAAAAGAAAUUGAAUUAGGAAAGAAUAUACAGCUUUUUUUCCUAGAACAGUGAACAUGUACAGUAGUAUGUUUUUUUUUUUACUUUUGUGUUUUGUAUUAAAAUUUGUAAUAUAGUUUUAUAGAGCAAAAAGUUCAAAUUGCUGUGUUUUUACUAUUAUGUUUUGUCUUAGAAAUGUCUCAGUUCCAAUACAAAUUCAUAAAUGGGUAUGUCUAAAUAAACUAAAUAGUCAGUUCUUAAAUCAUUUGAUUAAGCUGUUUAAAAAAACAUUCAGUUUUUUUUUACUUUUUAACCUAAAAUGUGAAAAAUGCUGAAGGGCAAAAAUGCAAUACUUUUUAUUAUAAAUGUAGUACUAAUUAUUUCUAGAGGUUUUGGUAGACCGUCAACCAGUUUUGUGUCAAGCAAUAACUGCAGCAAAAAAGUAUUUGCUUUUCACAAAGUGGAAAUUUAUUAAACAGCAAAACGAUACAUUUAAAGAUGCCAGAAUUUGUAUUUGUUUUUGUCAAAUUAACUUUUCUCUCUAUUUUUCUUCAGAAUAUUUUGUUUGUGUACUGAAAACAGGAAGUGAUAAUAUUCUGUGUAGAACUGGUUGAGAGUUAUCUGUAAAAAUUUCCCCAGCAUACAUACAUAAUUUUGCUUUAUUUUGAUUUUUCUUUUAUUGUCUUUUGCUUUAUUUUUUUUAACGUGAACUUUAAGUAUUCACAGUUGAGGUUUAAUUGACAGUAGACUUAAGAAACGAUUUUAAAAUAACUCACUUUAUAUACUUUUCUCAACAUUUUGACGACUUUUGUGAGAUUUGUACUCUGCUGUGUGACUUUUGUAGAGUUAUUCAUUUGCCUUUGUACCAAAGAUUUAUUUAAAGCCUUAAAGAAAAAAAACCUUAUAUUGCAUGCGCUACAAAUUCA